AUGGAUAUCCGAACUAUGUACGAUACCAAAGGGUACGAGCUCAGUGUCGCGUGCCACAUCCUCGAAUGUCGCUACCCAACCGUUACCAAGGACAAUGCCCGCUCUGCACUUGAUUGUCUGAUAGUUGUACUUCGCUGCAUCUACAGUAAUUUCAUGUUUGAGCAUGGCGGUGCUUGUCACUGGAUCGGUGCGGCCGAGAAAAAGAACCACAUCUUGCGACAUGCUUGGUCUCCGUUCGGGCCAGAGAGAUCAGACGUCAGGGAGGAUGCCAGAGACAGAGAGCAGGUGCUCAAGUUGAUAUCUGGUUGUGAUUCCUCCUUUGAAUCGCUCUGCAACUCUGAGCUCAUGAACGAGGCCUUCUGGUCCCAAAAUGAGUUCCUACUUUUCGAGGGCCUCCUUGGUGCCACGGACGCUAAAUAUGUCGAGGCCUCUCCAACACAAUUUGCAAACCAGUGUUUGUUGAAGCUCGACCUUCUUACCGAUCCAACCAGCACUAUGGAGGGGGUCAUCAAAGAAUCAUUUGGGCGUAUUCCCUUCUGUCAUCAGUGGGUCUGGUCGAGACCAAGUCGUCCAUGGAUCAUCAGAGUCAUGUAUACACCCAAUGUGAUCAUGUCUCGACGUCUUGGCAUCAACGACCUUCGAACUCUUCGAAUUCCUAUCUGGAAGCAGCGCGAAAGUGCGGAAACCGCCUGCUGGGAUGAGAUUGGUAAGUCCGAGUACUUCUUGAUGGCAGUUGUUCGUCUCAGGGACGAUCGACAUACGCAAGAUUAUGUCCGAACCUACAACGAGUUUGGUGCGAACAUCGUUGCUGAGAAUCCGUCUGACACAUUUGUCAACAACUCUUGGUCUCUCAACGACGACGGGGGCAAAUACAUGCUCUUUUACGGACUCGAUGUGUGCCCUGGCCUCGAUGAUCGUACGAGGUUUCCCGAGGUUGCGCGUCCAUUAUUCCCCGAUGAGGAUGUGGACUUGAUAGAAUUGUCUAUAAAGGACUCGUUGAAAUGCAAGACUUCUUCAGACAAACCUCAGAUGCCUCGACAAGAGCCGUCUGUACACACUGGAUCUCCAAAGCAAGGUGUCCCUCCCGGAUCAACCCAGCCCACAGAGUCUUCAAGUGGACCUCCUUCUACAAACCCUUCCAAGUCAGCCAGAAGACGCCAGAGGAAACGGGAAUGGAGAGAGCAGGCGAGACCUAGCCAGACUUCGACUGGCUCCAAGCCUGAUGCAUCUGAGAUUUCACGGGAUAGUCGCCGCAGCCCGAACUAG